GGAUUGGUUAGGGUUAGGGUAAGAAUGUGAGGGUAAGGCAACUUGACAUGCCUUCGCCAUCCUGGGGUAGAAAAAUACAUCCGUGAUGUGUAGGGGCGGUUAGCUCUGAAGACUGCAGAUAUUCCGAAUGAACUCUUCUAACUGUAAUUUAUGCUAUCUGAAUUGGACUGCUUAUUGGUUAGCCUUGCUGGACUUUGUAGACUACCUGUGAAUGGCUUCAAAGAUAAAGACCCAGACUGCCAAAAUGGUUCAGAGAAAGAGGGAGAACCUUUGCUCCGAGAUAACCCCAGACGGUUUGUCAUCUUCCCCAUCCAGUACCCCGACAUCUGGAAGAUGUACAAGCAGGCACAGGCCUCCUUCUGGACGGUGGAGGAGGUUGAUCUAACCAAAGACUUGCCACACUGGGACCGUUUGAAACCUGAGGAGAAACACUUCAUCUCCCAUGUGCUAGCCUUCUUUGCUGCAAGUGAUGGUAUCGUCAAUGAGAACCUGGUGCAGAGGUUCUGCCAGGAGGUGCAGGUCCCUGAAGCACGCUCCUUCUACAGCUUCCAGAUCCUUAUAGAGACUGUUCAUUCAGAGAUGUACAGCAUGCUCAUCAACACUUACAUCAGGGACCUGAAGGAGAGGGACAACUUAUUUAAUGCCACUCAGACCAUGCCUUGUGUGAGACGAAAAGCAGACUGGGCCCUCCAGUGGAUAAAUGACAGCAAAUCCACAUUUGGAGAGCGAAUUGUGGCCUUUGCGGCAGUGGAGGGCAUCUUCUUCUCUGGUUCAUUCGCUGCCAUCUAUUGGCUCAAGAAGAGAGGACUAAUGCCUGGCCUUACCUACUCCAACGAGCUGAUUAGCAGGGAUGAGGGCCUGCACUGUAACUUUGCCUGCCUGCUGUACAGCUACCUGGUGAAGAAGCCAUCAGAGGACCGAGUGAAGGACAUCAUCACCAAAGCUGUUAGCAUUGAGCAGGAGUUUUUGACAGAGGCCUUGCCAGUGGAUCUCAUUGGAAUCAACUGUUGUCUGAUGAAGCAGUACAUUGAGUAUGUGGCCGACCGGCUUCUCGCUGACCUCGGACUGGCCAAGGUAUACCAAGCUGAAAACCCAUUUGACUUCAUGGAGUCCAUUUCAUUAGAAGGGAAAACCAACUUCUUUGAGAAACGAGUAGCGGAGUAUCAGAGAUUUGGAGUUAUGUCAAGCAUGACGGACUGUGAAUUCACUCUGGAUGCGGACUUCUGAACUGGAGAUAACAUUCUGUAACAUAUUUGAUAAAUGUGACCUAUUUAUUUAUUUUGUUUAAGCAGUUAAUGACAAAAGACAGCCUCAAGUCUUGUUACAAUACUAUCAAAAGUAUUACAAUAGGAUGAAUGAAUAGUUGACAGGUUAAAGAUGCAGUCUUCCAGCAGAUACAUACAACCUUUUGGCAAUAGAGACUGAGAAUUAGCUUUUAUCUUGACAAGGAAAGCAUAUGACCUAAGUUUUGGUUAAACAUAAAUAUUUGAGUGAGGUGAAUGAUAGGGGUGAUUAUUAUGUACCUCAUUGGGCAUCUGAAGAUGGUUAAUAUCUAGAAUAUAUUUUAUUGAGUCUGCAGUUCUGGCAGCUGGCUUCUAUGGUUAAUUGUUUUAACAUUUUUACAAUAAAAUGUUUUUUAAAAUGAAAA